GAACUCUUCAUUUCCUGGUCUCCUCCCUCCCACAAGAGCAAGACGUUUCUGGAGCCAACAUCCGUCAAAUUUUUCUUGUCAGUCAUGCUGGCCAUUCGGGAAAAAAACGUUUUGGACAAGAUAAGAAAAUGUUGCAAAUCACGCAACUCUAAUGACCUUAGUGGACAGUGGCGCCCGAUUUUAUCUUUCCAUUUUCGGUUUCAGAUGAAAUUAAUCAUCAAAUAGAAGACUUGUCGUGAAAAGGUAAUUUAUUUUUGACAUAAUGUAACAGAAAUAUCUUCACCUUGUCGUACAGUGGUGUAUGACUUAUUGAUAUUUUUUUUUUUUUAAAUUGCAUAGUGAUUAAAACGAAGUUUCUAUUUCUUAUUUAUUGAUCUGUCAUUGGUUUGAUCUUUAAUCCCGAUUUUUUAAAUUAUUUAUAAUUCUUUUUUUAGUGACCACAAUUAUUAUGUAAUAUCGUACUUAAUUAUAAUAUUAUUCAAAUUAAAUGUGAACCUGUUUUAGCAUGAGAAUUUUAAAAGACAAUUUUCGUUUUCAAAAUGACUUAUUUGAAAUAAUUUUUUGUAAAGUUUGUGAAUUUUUGUGUGUCCAGGACCUCCAUCAGCACAUCAUCUAGUAACAUGCCGUCUCUAGUUUUAAGCCUCUGUCUGCUUAUUGCGGCACAUUCUGCUUCAGCCCAGACAUGUAAGUGGUUUUAAAAAGGACACAUCUACAAUUCGCCCUGCAAAUACAACUAAAACUAACACUACCAAUACAACUGACACUACCAUAUCAACCAAAACUAACACUACCAAUACAACUGACACUACCAUAUCAACCAAAACUACAAUCCAACUAACAUUAACCAAUACUGCUACCACAGCCCUUACAACAAUACAAUUUAUAUUUUAACCACCACUAAAAUAAACAAGGUCUAAUAUUUCCUACGAAGUUUUUAUUUCUUAAUCUAUUCGAAGACAAUCAGAAUUUUACUUUAAAUACCUUCUCUUUCUUCAGUUCCCAACAUUGUUGCGGCACUGAACUCCACUGGACAUUUCACGGUAUUUAGUGAUCUAUUGGCCAAAUCAGGCAUUCUUAAAGAUGUCAACAAUUGUGAGUAUUAUUAUAAAACUUUAAGUGUUAAAUUUCAGUUGAAUUUGCAAAAAAAUUUGUGUCUUUUUUGGGUUUUUUUUUAUCACCAUUGCUUAACAUCACUAGCGGAUCAGCACACACAAAAAAUAGCUGUAUUACAAUGAACUUAUUGUUGGUAAAACUAUUGGCUGCCGGGUGGUCGAGCUGUCUAAACUGUCUCAAACCAAAUAGCCGGUGGUCUGGCGCUCUAUCCCCACCACAGUAAACAUCCCAAGCACCCACGGGUGGAUGGGACUCGCUAGCCUUGGGGGGCAACCCAUCUAAGAGAAGGCAAAUUGUGAAUUUAAACCAGAAGCCAGAAUGGUCAACAAAUGUAUCAUAUAUAAGAAGAAGAAGACAUAACCCUUUUUUUAAGCGAUGGCUUAAAUUGUGCAGAUAUUUCCAAUAAACUAUCCUGGCAAUGCAUACAUUUUGUAUAAAUUGCAAUUAUUUAUUCAUUUUGCAAUUAAAUUUAAGUGCUGUGUCUUGAAUAAAAUCAUUUAAGAAUGCUAUUUAUUAUGGACCGCAUUUGUGUGCGUGCUUGCUUGUUCAUGAAAGGUGUUGAACGAGAGACUGGUGUUGUGAGGCAUGCAAAUCUAUGGCAAUAAACGGAAUACGAACACCGAGGUUGUAGUUUGAAUGCUUUCCCAAAAACAAAAUACCAACCUGCCCAAGGUCUACAUUGUGCAUGCAUUUCAAAAACCAAUCAAGCCCAUGGAAUAUAUUUCUAAAUGUUCAAACCUUCCAUUGACUUGCAUUUAACAGCUUUUUCUAUCUUUAUUGCACGCCCUCCAAUCGCACAGCCUUACAUUUCACGGUGUUCGCCCCGACGGACGAGGCCUUAGCCAAGCUGCCCGCGGGCACUCUCACCGCCAUCGAGGGCGAUCCCGCUAAGCUGGCUGACUUCGUCGGCACCCACGUCGUUCUGACGGCCAGUUUCCACCUGAUGGGGACGCAGCAAGACAAACAGAUCAGGUCCACGAAUAACCAUUGGAUCAGGAUUAACACUUACAAUAUUCUCCAUGUAAGUGGACCUGGGGGGGGGGGGGGGUGGGAGGGGGGAGGGGGAAGAGUACCAACUAAAAGAUAUAUGUGGACGGGGAGUACCAACUCAUUAUUUUCCCAUAACGGGACAAAGAAUGUAAGAGGUCGUAGUGGGGGAGGAUUGGUACCAAUUCAUUCGUUUCACAAAACGGGACUAAAGAUAUGUCAAUAAUUACAUAGAUUUCUCUGUAAUAGAUUUUCCUUAUACCCCAGACUUUAAUAGCAGCCUUUUUGUAAAACAUACAUCCAAAAUUUCCUUUUUUUUUUUUGUGCAAAGGACCAUUACAGCCAGUCUAAGUUUAACAUCAAAUAUACUUACAUUUUAAAUCCCUAGACCGUGACAGCUGACGGGGUCAACAUUACGGUGAAGAACAUCGCCGUCACCCACGGGACCCUGCACGGCCUGGACGGCGUCCUCGUCCCGCCAACGUCCAGCGUGUCCCAGAUCGCUUUCAAAAGGGCGGACCUGAGCAACUUCACAUCCCUGGUGGUCAAGGCCAAUCUGAUCAACUACCUCACAGGUACUCCCACUAACUCACAGGUACUCCUCCCGUGUAACGGCAUUAAUGUUCGUGGACGCGUGUUGACGGCUGAUAUGGGGGUUGGCUAUUUUAUAUAAGGCAAUAGAAAAGUGACGGAAAUGUAAUUUAUAUUCUGUCAAUGCAUAACUGUAAGACGUUAUGUUAAGAAAAUGGGGGGGGGGGGCAGGGGUGUCCGACCAGGGUGACCUUUUUUUUUUUUUCUAUGUAUAGAGAGAGGCAUGAUAUUUUUUGGCCAAGUUCAGAUUUUUUUUCAUAAGGGAAAGGGAGGGGGGGGGGGCGUCAAUAAAUGUGUCCCACACCGGGUGGAACUAACCCUAGCUACGCCACUGCCUCGCACGUGCUACAACAAACCGAUGCUACAGUUAGUGCAAGGAGUAAAACAUUGCACUAACGGAACAGAAAAAGGGCUUAAUCGCUAGCCUUCUGAUCCAACCCCCUAAUGAAAUGAACAACCUGGAGGUGAGAUAAGACGCAAGAGUUCUGAUCCAACCCUCUAAUGAAAUGAACAACCUGGAGGUGAGAUAAGACGCAAGAGUUCUGAUCCAACCCUCUAAUGAAAUGAACAACCUGGAGGUGAGAUAAGACGCAAGAGUUCUGAUCCAACCCUCUAAUGAAAUGAACAACCUGGAGGUGAGAUAAGACGCAAGAGUUCUGAUCCAACCCUCUAAUGAAAUGAACAACCUGGAAGUGAGAUAAGAUCGGAAUGCAUCGCUUCUCGGCGUCAACCCGGUGCAAUGAAACGUGUACGAACGGUCUGCUACGUCACGAAUUUUCGUGACGUGAGUUGUCAUGUCGCACCUGAACUUUUUUCAUUAUGUCCAUAUCUAUAGAAAUCUAAUGAACUAUCAUAUUUUAAAAAAAAACAACUUCUUGUAGCUAGUAGCGACGGUACGUACUUCAUACCCAGCAAUGACGCCAUCAGCAAAUUGUCCCCAGCUGCCUUGACCUACUUGGAAGCACAUCCCGCAGAUCUGGCUGGUGAGUUAAUGUUACAUUUAUUUUAUUGGGACACUUGUUGAAAAAAAAAGUUUUUUCUUAUUAUUCGCUAAGUUUAUUUAUUGGUUUUAAUUUAAUUUUUUUUGGCGUUAAUUUAUUUGUUGGUGUUAAUUUAUUUGUUGGCAUUAAUUAAUUUAUUGGUGUUAAUUUAUUUGUUGGCAUUAAUUAAUUUAUUGGUGUUAAUUUAUUUAUUGGUCUAAUUUAUUUAUUGGUGUUAAUUUUUUAUUGGUAUUAAUUAAUGUAUUGGUGUUAAUUUAUUUGUUGGCAUUAAUUAAUGUAUUGGUGUUUAUUUAUUUUUGGCAUUAAAUAAUUUAUUGGUGUUUAUUUAUUGAUAUUAAUUAAUUUAUUGGUGUUAUUUAUUUGUUGGCAUUAAUUAAUUUAUUGGUGUUAUUUAUUUGUUGGCAUUAAUUAAUUUAUUGGUGUUUAUUUAUUGGUAUUAAUUAAUUUAUUGUUGUUUAUUUAUUUAUUGGUGUUAAUUUAUUUAUUGGUGUUAAUUUAUUUAUUGGUAUUCAUUUUUAGGCUAGAAUUGUAUUGCAUUGUUUGAUUUAUCGUAUCUCGUGUAGAUUCACACUAAGACUGCCUCUAUUUGACUUGUAAACCAAUGGAAUGUUCCACAGAGACCAUCAAGUACCACAUAGUCCGAUCUAUGACCGUCUUCAGCCUCGGUCUGAAGCACAGUCUAUCCAUGACCUCAGCAGACAACAACCAUGACCUUUUGAUGUUUUUGGAAGACGGAAGUGAGUAUUCCGCUCAUCUUAGAAUUCACCUCACCGAGUUCAAAUUUGCUUAUGCUCUUGCUUUCCCAUGUCGAAGGCGUUUUGUCUAUACGCUUGACGUUAGGUUUUGUUGCAAGACUUUUCGUACCAUCGAACGUUGUAGUGACAAGCUAGGGCAAAGUCCAGUGUGUGUGUGUCUGUGCAUGCGAGCGUGUGUGGUUAGGUGUAAAAAAUAACCAUGUCUUGUUAGUAUUGACUGUCUUGUUAGUCUUGACUGUCUUGUUAGUCUUGACUGUCUUGUUAGUCUUGACUGUCUUGUUAGUAUUGACUGUCUUGUUAGUAUUGACUGUCUUGUUAGUAUUGACUGUCUUGUUAGUAUUGACUGUCUUGUUAGUAUUGACUGUCUUGUUAGUCUUGACUGUCUUGUUAGUCUUGACUGUCUUGUUAGUCUUGACUGUCUUGUUAGUAUUGACUGUCUUGUUAGUAUUGACUGUCUUUUUAGUCUUGACUGUCUUGUUAGUCUUGACUGUCUUGUUAGUAUUGACUGUCUUGUUAGUCUUGACUGUCUUGUUAGUCUUGACUGUCUUGUUAGCCUUGACUGUCUUGUUAGUAUUGACUGUCUUGUUAGUCUUGACUGUCUUGUUAGCCUUGACUGUCUUGUUAGUAUUGACUGUCUUGUUAGUAUUGACUGUCUUGUUAGUAUUGACUGUCUUGUUAGCCUUGACUGUCUUGUUAGUAUUGACUGUCUUGUUAGUCUUGACUGUCUUGUUAGUAUUGACUGUCUUGUUAGCCUUGACUGUCUUGUUAGUCUUGACUGUCUUGUUUGUCUUGACUGUCUUGUUAGUCUUGACUGUCUUGUUAGCCUUGACUGUCUUGUUAGUAUUGACUGUCUUGUCAGUCUUGACUGUAUUUUCAGUCUCGACUGUCCUUUAUGUUUGAUUUUCAUUAUGUCAUGAUUGGCGUCUAUACAUGACUGUCUUUCAUGUCUCAUCUGUCUGUUGAGUGUCUUUGAUGUCUCGUCUGACUAUUGACUGUCUUUUAUGUCUCGCCUGACUAUUGACUGUCUUUGACGUCUCGCCUGAUUUUUGGCUGUCUUUGUGGUCUCGCCUGACUAUUGACUACCUUUGAUUGUUGACUGUCGUGUUGCCUCGUCAGGUGGUGGGUUCAUCAUCAACGACGCCAAGAUCGUAGAGAAAGACAUCAUAGCGACGGACGGUGUUAUUCACGUCAUCGACAAGGUUCUCAUCCCGUCCCGUGUUCAAGCCCACAUUGACGACUUUGGUGCCGUGGUUGGUUAAUGUUUUAUACUGACGGGACUCUGGCUGAUCCUAUUCAAUCAAAUAAAAACUACAUUUGAAACCCUUGUUUCUGUAAAGUUUUUUUUUUUUAAAUUUGUUUGACAUUGAUGUAAAUACGCUCCAUUCAAAUCUCACUAUAAUUUUGAUUUCCUUAAUGGGGGGC